GAGCUCUGGGCUUGUAGGUGUGUCGACAAUGGAGGAAGAAGAUGAAGAGAUCUUAUCGUCUUCCGAUUGCGACGAUUCUAGCGAUAGUUAUAAGGAAGAGUCUCUAGAUUCGGAAGGAGAAAACGAAAACCCUGAGUGCGAAGACCGUGCGGUGGUUUCUCCUUCAUCCGACGCAGAUCGGAAAUCUAAGAACGUAAAUGAUCUAUUGAGGGGCAAUCUAGUUGUGCAACGGCAGCCACUCCUUCCUCGGGUGCUUUCAGUGUCAGAAGGAGCGGCAGUUUGUAGGAAGCCUUUCAAACCUCCGUGUUCUCAUGGUUAUACUUCCACCAGACAACUUUCUCGUCGCCUUUCAGCUCGAAAACGGUUUGUCCCUUGGGGUUCCUCAACUCCGGUUGUGGUUGCUUUACCUACUAAGCUAGAAGCAUCAACCAAUAUUGAGAGAGAUGAAGAAGAGGAAGUUGUUUGUCUGCCACCUGAUAUUGAACCCUUGAUAUUGUGGCAAUCUGAAGAAGAUGGAAUGAGCAAUGUAACAACAAUCAUGGUGCAUUCAUUGCUUGUCAAAUUUCUUCGCCCUCAUCAAAGAGAGGGUGUCCAGUUCAUGUUCGAUUGUGUUUCAGGAUUACAUGGUUCGGAAAAUAUAAAUGGUUGCAUUCUGGCUGAUGAUAUGGGACUGGGGAAGACAUUGCAGUCCAUUACUUUACUAUACACACUUCUUUGUCAAGGAUUUGAUGGGACGCCUAUGGUUAAAAAGGCCAUUAUUGUUACUCCAACGAGUCUUGUCAGUAACUGGGAAGCUGAAAUUAAGAAAUGGGUUGGAGACAGGAUCCAGCUUAUAGCCCUCUGUGAAAGCACCAGAGAUGAUGUUUUGUCUGGAAUAGAUAGUUUCACUCGACCACGAAGCGCUUUGCAGGUACUUAUCAUUUCUUACGAGACAUUCCGAAUGCACUCAUCCAAGUUCUCCAAGAGUGAAUCAUGUGAUCUUCUAAUAUGCGAUGAGGCUCAUAGGUUGAAAAAUGACCAGACACUAACUAACAGGGCUUUGGCUUCAUUGACAUGCAAACGUCGGGUUUUGUUGUCUGGAACUCCCAUGCAGAAUGACUUGGAAGAGUUUUUUGCCAUGGUCAACUUUACAAAUCCAGGGAGUUUAGGUGAUGUUGCGCAUUUUCGCCAUUAUUAUGAGGCACCUAUUAUAUGUGGAAGAGAACCUACAGCCAGUGAGGAAGAGAAAAACUUAGCUGCUGACCGCUCCGCAGAACUGAGUUCAAAAGUCAACCAGUUUAUUUUGAGGAGAACCAAUGCAUUGCUCUCAAAUCACCUACCACCUAAGCUUAAAAGAGCACUUGCUGACAAUGCAAAGCAAACCAAAGUUUUGGCUUAUAUAACAGCUCUUAAGAAGCUCUGCAAUCAUCCAAAGCUAAUCUACGAUACAAUAAAAAGUGGCAAUCCUGGAACUGUUGGGUUUGAGAAUUGCUUAGAGUUUUUCCCUGCAGAAAUGUUCUCUGGGAGAUCUGGAGCAUGGACUGGGGGUGAUGGUGCCUGGGUUGAGCUCUCUGGGAAAAUGCAUGUUCUCUCCAGACUUUUGGCCAACCUACGUCGAAAAACCGAUGACCGCAUAGUCCUUGUAUCAAACUACACACAGACAUUGGAUCUUUUCGCUCAACUCUGUCGUGAAAGAAGAUAUCCUUUUCUGAGGCUGGAUGGAUCAACAACAAUCAGCAAGAGGCAGAAGCUUGUUAACCGGUUGAACGACCCAACAAAGGAUGAGUUUGCAUUUCUCUUAAGCAGCAAGGCGGGUGGCUGUGGAUUAAAUUUAAUCGGUGCUAAUCGACUUGUUUUGUUCGAUCCCGAUUGGAAUCCUGCCAAUGAUAAACAAGCUGCUGCUAGAGUUUGGAGGGAUGGGCAAAAGAAAAGAGUAUAUGUCUACAGGUUUCUUAGUACUGGAACUAUUGAAGAAAAGGUUUACCAGCGCCAGAUGUCAAAGGAAGGGCUUCAAAAAGUUAUUCAGCAUGAACAGACUGAUAACAGCACGAGACAGGGGAACUUACUUUCUACAGAGGAUCUACGAGAUUUAUUUUCCUUCCAUGGGGAUGUUAGGUCGGAAAUCCAUGAAAAGAUGAGCUGCAACAGGUGCCAAAAUGAUUCCUCUGGUACUGAAAACAGCGAAGAAGGAAAUGAGAACAACGUAGAUGACAAUGCUUGCCAGAUUGACCAAGAAGACAUAGGCGGAUUUGCAAAAGAUGCAGGAUGUUUUAACUUGUUAAAAAACUCUGAAAAACAGGUGGGCACUCCAUUGGAAGAAGAUCUAGGAAGCUGGGGUCAUCACUUUACCUCAAAGUCCGUUCCGGAUGCUAUACUGCAAGCUUCAGCAGGUGAUGAGGUUACGUUUGUUUUCACAAACCAGGUAGAUGGGAAGCUCAUUCCCAUCGAAUCAAAUGUCAGUCAGAAAACGGUGGAGUCCGAAGAGCACAAUCGGAACCAAACUGUAAAUAAGCGUGCGUUUAACAAACCACAACAAAGACCUCGGGAACCGCUGCAACCGUUAUCUCUCAACGAGACCACAAAAAGAGUGAAGUUGUCUACUUAUAAGCGUGUACAUGACGCAAGAAUCUCAUUCUCCAAUGAUUUUGCAGACAGUGAUAGUAAACAGACGGCAUCAAGAGUGGAGGAUCAGAUGAAGUACAAGGAAGCUCCCGUCUCUUCGGAUUUCAAAUUCAAUGUCGAAAACUUGGGUUUCACUUCUGCGGCUGAUGAGAUCUUCUUUGGUGGAGUUUUGUUGCCACUGGAGAAGACUACUCAGAGGAAAGUGACGACACUUAAAGAUGAACUAAGUGCUCAAGAUUCUGACCGUACCAUCAUCUCAAAGGGAUCUCGUAAUUGGUGGAAGUUAGGUCUCAACAAGUCCAAGAAAAUCCAUUCCAACAACAACAUCAACUUCCAUCUUCCCCACAAAUCUCAGAAUUGUCUUGCAAGUAUAUUGGAAUCUGAUGACUGAAAGAUCGACUCCGGAAAAAGUCAGCUAACUACGGCGAACUAGAUAUAUGUAAUGCUAAUAAAAAGCUAUUAUUAUU